GGCAGCUGUCUGCUCACAUCCAUCCACAGCUCACUGAAGCCGCUGCAGCGGAGCACGAGGCGACGGAACCAUGUCUCCCGGACACACGGCCGCGUGCGUCCUGCUGUGUGCGCUGCUCGGUGCGGAGCCGCACAGUCUCGCCGCUCGACCGCUGCUCGUGUUCUUAAUUGACGGAUUCCGCUAUGACUACAUGGAUGAACUCCACGAACUACCCGGAUUUCGCGAGCUGGUGGAAAACGGGGUGAAGGUGGACUACUUGACGCCAGACUUUCCGAGUCUGUCAUAUCCCAAUUACUACUCUUUAAUGACAGGCCGUCACUGCGACACUCAUCAGAUGACUGGAAACUACAUGUGGGAUGAAGUCUCCAAGAAGGAGUUUUUGAUUGGGACUAAUCCUGACAGCCGGUUACCUCUGUGGUGGGAUGGAUCAGAGCCACUAUGGGUGACCUUGCAGAAGCUAGGAAAGAAGGUUUUCAUGUACUACUGGCCUGGCUGUGAGGUGGAAAUUCUAGGUGUCCGUCCAUCAUUCUGUGAGGAAUACGUCUACAACCCAUCAGAGAAAAACCUGACAGAGUCAAUAAGUAACGCUCUUGACAUCUUGAGGUCAGGUGAAGCAGACAUGGCAGCAAUAUAUUAUGAGAAAAUAGAUGUGGAGGGCCAUCACUUUGGUCCAAACUCUCACCAGGUCAGAACAGCUGUGCGACAACUGGAUCUUGCCAUGCAGACACUCAACAACAAAAUCAAAGAGACAAACAUGGUAAACCAACUGAACAUUGUACUAUUUUCUGACCAUGGUAUGACAAAGAUCCAGUGGAUGGAAAAAGUCAUAGAGCUGGACAAAUAUAUCAGCAUGUCAGACAUUGUCAAGAUGAUGGACAAAGGACCAGUGGUCAGUCUGUGGCCCCAAGAGGACAAGUACCAAAAGGUGUAUGCUGCAUUGUCCCAGGUCCCUAACAUGCGUGUCUAUGCCAGACAGGACAUCCCUGAAAGAUUCCAUUACAAAAGAGGAAAGUUUGUGUCGCCCCUGACACUAGUGGCUGAGCCAGGCUGGUUUAUCACUGAGAACAAGACAAAACUCCCUUACUGGAAAAAUGGUUCUGGGGAGCCCUCAGCAUGGCAGAAUGGCUGGCAUGGUUAUGACAAUGAGUAUCUCGACAUGAGAGGCUUUUUCUUGGCAACAGGACCUGAUUUCAAGCGGAAUGUUCGGGCAGCUCCAAUUCGAACAGUAGAUGUCUACAACUUGAUGUGCUGGACGUUAGGAGUGGAUCCUUUACCCAAUAAUGGGUCCUGGGCUCGGGUAGAGUACCUGCUGAAUGACUCUGAUGGUCUGUUUCAGUCAGCAACCUCCUGGACCUGCUGUAUGAGUUUGCUAGGGGUACUGUUGGCAACGUGCAGCUAAACAUUUAACAGUUAAGGGUUUUAUAGCAUCUACUAGUAUAGUAGCUAGAGACAGUUUGCUGGAAACAGUACCUCAAAUCAUCUAUCUAUCUAUCUAUCUAUCUAUCUAUCUAUCUAUCUAUCUAUCUAUCUAUCUAUCUAUCUAUCUAUAUAAUCAUAGUAAAAUGUCAUAUUAAUAGCAAAAAUGAAAAGUACUUGACAUGCAGAGAUGUAGCAUGUCAGCAGGACUGUAACUUUAUUUUACAUAAAAUGUUUUCAAGUCACAAAGUGUAAAUCUCUACUCCCUUUUUUGGCCUUUCUUUUUAGAGAGCAGUCUUCUCCAGAAAAUAGUGCUGCGUAUUAGCAAAAUCCCUGCAAGAUCAGAAAAUCAUUGUAGAAAUAACAGAACAGCACUUGUAAAUUGAUAGAUUACAUACAGUAAAGAAUGCCGAUGUUGUCUCCUUUUAAAAUGGGUAACAUCUAGAAUAGAUAAUAUGCAGUGACAUAUACCGAUCAGACAAACAUUAUGACCACCUGCCUAACGUUGUGUUGGUCAGUGGUCAUAAUGUUGUGCCUGAUUGGUGUAAGUUGUACUGUUAAAUGGUAAAGGGCAAACACCUGUAGGAGAUAUUUAGGAACCUUAACAUUUCCAGUCACUUUUCUUUUUUUCCAUUGCUUGGCCACUUUUGCAUCUUGCAAACUUGGUCUGUACUGGAUGAUUAUUCCAGCUGAGAUCCCUUAUUUUGAAAUCAUUUUUAAUUGAGUGGCUUGUUUUUUGUUAAGUGUAUGUAUGAUACACUUUUUUGUGAAAAGUCAUCUAUAAAUAAAUUCUCUUUUUUUUCAAAACACAA